CGCCCUGCGCCAGGCGGAGGGUGUCAGACAACCCUCACCGUACGCGUGCGCUCCUGCCCGUUUCUUUUUUUAUGGCUUUUCUGCUGAGGGUGGUGGACUUGGAUCAAUCUCAACUGAUUGGUAGGAAAAGAGAAGAAAAGUUCACGCCGUGUUUCGGUUUUUCCAGCAUCCAAGUAACCCUACCCAGUCGAUACCUUCUAACUGCAGAACCGGGUUGCAACCCUUGAAACCGACCGGUGCAGAGGUGUGAUCUAAGCGCAUGAGCAUGAGCGAGGAAAUCGAGGUGCUCAAAGCAUGGAAAUACAUUGACUUGGCAACCUUGCGACAGGGUUGUAAACACGUUAUAAUCUGGUAUCGUCCGAUCUUCGCUGCGGAGGAAUCGCGCCCUCGCCUGCGCCUCCGCCUCAGCUGGGAGCAACUGGGUGCAGGCGAUUCUUGGGAGAUGGUCCAAAUUGGCCGAUAUACGAGCGUCCAAUUCGAUCCCUUAUCUUCCCUCCCCGUCUAUAAGCGCCGCGACAACAGUGGUCACAUUCGUGAUGCUUGGCAGGUCUAUGCGGGGACGGAAUCUGGGGAAAGUCUUUUCUCAGGACUCCGAGGAGGCAAAAUUACCAAUCUCCAUAAUUCAUAUCCAGCCGGAGACCCCCUGGUCCGAGAGCUCUCAAGCACGAGCUGCCAGGACAGGGGACCGAGAAAGCUGUUUUUAAAUUAAAUGCACAAGGAAUGCUUAUCCACUGGGCAGGGUUCAUCCCACCGAGUAGUUAGUCGCUCAAGCCCUCCGGUCGAUUAAUUACAUCGGUCUGGGUACGGGGGUCGGUUACGAUACGGCGUGGGCGGUAUCACAUUCGCAGUCGCUGUUGCGCCGUAAGGACCACGGCUCGGGCGCUCUUACGCCCACGCAC